UCGACUUUUGUAGGUUUGAAUGCCAUAAAUCAUAAAUAUGUGUGAAGAGAACGAGGAAGAUUAUAAAUUUGCCGCCUGCACUUAUUUUGCUAAGAAUCAUCCGGGGGAAACGUGUGGAAGUAAUGGUUUGCCUCUCACUCCGAGUUCAAUCACCAUCCUUGGCCGGGCUCAGCAACUGCUGACGCUGGAGCAUCCCAACUUAUGCACUUACCUGGACGUCAUCAGAGGCAAACAUGAGAGAAUAAUUGUAGUAGCUGAGGUAAUAGGAAAAUCCCUAAAUGAGUGGAAAUCAAAAUUGUCAUGUGAAGAAAUAGUAAACAUAGCCCGACAACUGGCCAACGCUCUGGUGUUCCUUCAUGGACAUAAUAUCACGCAUAGAAUGCUGUCAGAUGAUAAUAUCCUGCUGGAUAGUAGCGGUCGAGUAAAACUUUUCAAUUAUGGAAUGUUUUUUAUGACUGGUGGGGGAAAUGAAGUUUCAUUUCCACUUGGUCUUCCUAGAUACCUAAGUCCAGAGACGAUUUUAGGUGGUGGGGGCCCGGCCGCAGAUGUUUGGGCAUUUGGCAUUAUUCUACUGGAACUAUGCAUUGGUAAACUAUGGCAAAAUCUGAAACCAGGACCUAUACUAAGGAGGAUACUCACUCUGGUCCAUGCUGGGAACUCUGCCGAGAGAAUUGCUAGAGAACAUGAUUCUUUUGAUACUUACAAGCAAGUGCCAGAAAAUCUAAGAAGCCUAAUUGAGAAAUGUCUUAAAAUAUAUCCAAGUGAAAGAGCAACAUUUGAAGAAUUAGUUGCAGACCUGUCUAAAAUGGACAGCAAGCAAUUGGUUGAAGUAAAAAGAGCCCGAGGCCUAUUGGGAUGCAAAUUGCAAUAUCUGUACCAUUGGUGGCAACUGGCUGGAGGGGACAUACAAGCUGAAUUGAAGAAGAAUUAUUUGGUUAAGAACAGCCCUCCUAUAUUGUCUAUGCCUAUAGCAAUUCUUCUAGACGGUUGUACUAUAGGUGGCAAAACUGGAGCACUGUACGACAGGCGCAUUGCAAAGUACAGUCUGAACCUUCUCAAAAUACGUUUAAAUCACGUGUCACCUCAUGAUUACUAUCCGCUUAUGCACGAGGGAAGAAAAGAAUAUGAUGCUGUGUCCUUGCCAAAGAUUAUCAGGGAGAGGGACACUGAGUACCAGUUUUAUAGAUUGCUGUGGUUCCAGAGAUUAUUACAUGGUUACCCAUACACGCGCCCGUAUAUCCGUGCUGAAGCCGAGAUCGACAUCCCCCCACUGGUGCGCGGCGACGUGUGGGCAGCCUUAUUGGGCGUAGUAGGGGACAUCGAAGAGCAAUACGAGAGGAUUGAUAAGGAAACCCCUACCCCGACUGAUAGACAGAUUGACGUAGACAUUCCGCGGUGUCACCAAUACUGCUGGCUUUUAUGCGGCGCAGCCGGCCACCGCGCACUGAAGCGUCUGCUCAAGGCCUGGCUGCUCACCAACCCUCAAUACGUGUACUGGCAGGGCCUGGAUUCUCUAACUGCCCCCUUCCUUUACCUCAACUUCUGCAAUGAAGCUCGCGCCUUCGCCUGCCUGUCAGCGUUCGUACCGAAGUUCCUUCACAACUUCUUCCUAAAGGACAACAGUUCCGUAAUAAAAGAGUACCUGGCUAAGUUCUGGCAAAUGGUGGCCUUCCAUGAACCCCAGCUGGCCACGCACCUCCACGAGAUCAACUUCGUGCCCGAAUUAUUCGCUAUUCCAUGGUUUCUCACUAUGUUUUCACACGUUUUCCCCCUACACAAAAUCGUCCACCUAUGGGAUGCGCUGCUAGUGGAAGGGCCAUCGCUACCUUUAUUCAUGGGAGUAGCAAUCCUGCGGCAAUUACGUGACACUCUGCUCGACUCCGGCUUCAAUGAAUGUAUUCUACUCUUCUCAGAUCUCCCGGAGAUUGACAUUGGCGAGUGUGUCAAAGAGUCGAUAGAAAUGUGCCGCAGCUCUCCACGUAGCAUAAGCUACAGAAGAUUUACCAAAGAACCUCAAAGCAAAGAUCCUAUGGAUAUUGUGGAUAUCACCAUGGAGACUUUAUUUGCGGAGAUCUGUCCACGAAUCAGCCUGUCGGAUUGCUUUUCACAGAUCUGCCAAGACAAGUGCUGCGUCGUUGAUAUAAGAUCCAAUUUGUUAUACGAGAAGAGCUGCGUCGAAGGCAGCAUCAACGUGCCAUACAGCGGGGUGCAGCUGGGGCAGCUGCAGCUACAGGCGCUGGGUGCGCAGGCGCAUCGCGUCCUCAGCGCCGCCGAGCAGCAGGGGAAGGUCGUCGUCGUCGUUUCGGCCGAGGACGAGACGGCGCAGCUUUUCAGUGACUACCUAGUGAAGUGCCGGGUACCAAAAGUUUGCAUCCUACAUGGUGGUGUCAACGCUCUACAAACGCACAUACCGUCGCUCUUCACUGUACCGCCUAAGAGAAACGGGCACAAGUAGAGAAACAAUAGUUUUUGUUAAAACCUUUUUACUGUUUACCUCUCGCUAACUGUAAAUGAAAAUGUGAUAAAAUAAGAUUCAGAAUCCUCUAAAAUGCGUGUACCACCACCAUUGACUUACAAUUAUAUGGACGUCGGGUCCGCGCUAAAAAGUGUCCGAACUUAUAGGGGGUUAAAAUCGUAUACAGAGCGUCAUUCACGCUUUAGUCUUCGUUUGUUCGACUGAC